ACAAAAUUGAAAACACGCGAAAUAGCCCUUUUUCCAUUACUGUGCAUGAGAGCAGAAAACCAAGGAAGACGUGCUACCUUCUUCCUCAACAAUCUACCACCACCCGCCACCUAGAACACCGGAUCUCACAACUAUUCAAACCCCCUCACCUCCCUCUUCAACCUCUUGUCAUCACCUGGCCAUGGAGUUGCCCAAAACAGCCCCAAUCACCACCCAAAACUGCGCUACAAGUCACGAUUUUUACCAUAUUUCCACCGUCGUCGACCACCGUUUCGGGCAUGAACCACCACCACUCCACUCCUCCCAACCAGGCGCAUCUAGUACCAUCAUGGGUCACCUGCAAUUUUGUCCCUAAUUUUCCGCUUCACCUCUUCUUGGGAAAUUAUUCAGAUACCUAGUAUGGGUUCUGAACUGGUGGAUUGAGAUGGCGAGGCAUUCGUAUACUAGCCGAUAUGGUCGGUAUAGCGAGCUGCUUGGAUCGGGGGCUGUGAAGAGAAUGUACAGAGCAUUUGAACAAGAGGAAGGGAUUGAGGUGGCUUGGAACCUAAUCAAAUUGAUAAGCUUCCUUGGAGACGAAGCGAUGAUCAAUCGGUUAUAUUCCAAGGUUCGGCUGUUGAGGACAUUGAAAAAUAAGAAUAUUAUUGCGUUGUACUCAGUGUGGCAGGAUGAGGAGAUAAACACGCUGAAUUUCAUUAUUGAGGUGUGUACUUCUGGGAACUUGAGGGAGUACAAGAAGAAGCAUAGGCAUGUGUUGAUGAAAGUGAAACUAAGUGUGAUCGUAUUAGGUCAUUCUCAAGCAUUGAUAAUAUACAGAUGUAGACAUGGAUGCGUAUGAAAUGGAUGGAAAAGCUGAAUGCAGCUAUUACGUGGAAGACAUGUACCAUGGUGAAGAUGGGAAACUUACGGAGGAAACUUCUUGCGCUUACAAGAAAAUUUCAUUUCCAUGGAACUUAUAUCAAAGCUUGAUGGCAAGCAGUUGACGGAAUUAGCAUCAUCAGCUCAUAUUAUGGAAGAUGUGGAUAUGAACGUAUAAUCAACUGGGCUUGGAGAAAAUAUGGCUUUUUGUUGAUAUUCUUGCGGAAACAAAAGCACUAAACUUAAUAUUAUUACCUUGCAACAAAGGCUUCAGAUGGAAGGAGAGGUUAAUGAAGGUUGAAUUUGUUACCUUAUGUUGUUUUGCCACAUUUUUCUUAGGAUUUUUCUUUUUUCCUUUUGUAUCAUUUCACUGGGUUUGGCGUAUAAUUUGUUUAUUGUCAGUUACAUAAUUUAUUUAUUUUUAAGACUAGAGUAUUCUUUCUUAUUGUACAAAUUACUGAUAGUUGCUAAAUGUAAUCAAGAAAUACCAGGACUUGAGGUCUUUAAGCAAAUAAGAUUGGAAAUUGUUUU